AUGGAUGCGCCUAUCUAUACUUUUGCUAAUGGUGUCCCUACCGAUCCUCAGGUUCUGGCAGUCUAUAACAGUAUGAGUGGGGCCCAAAGAGCCAGGUAUGCUACUAUCACUACUGACCAGGGAAGAAGCGAUGCCUUGUACUUAAUUGCCCAAGAAAAGAAAAAACCGCGACAUUAUCUCAAUCUUGUUUAUGCUGUAAUCAAUUUACUUUCCGUUACCGGUUUUAAUAUCUGGAGCCAUUUUCAAAGACGAGACGGAGAUGAAGAUUUUAUUAAAUGUUGGAAUAAUUACAAGCCUGAACAAGAUGUUAUACUUAUGCAAUUAUGCAUUCUCUUUGGUACCCAAAUUAUGAUCAUAGCCAUGACAUCAGCAACAGAAAGAUUGUUUAACAAGGAUAAGUUUCCAUUUAUCUUCGUUCCAAUAAUUAUUGGGAUAGGGUUGGCGGUAGUGGGAGGCUAA